AUGCUGUUUGUGCAACGCUGGAUCAACGCAAUUCCCGGGGAUGCCGUGCUCUGGGCUCAAACCUCGCUCACCACCUGUGUCCAACUUGCUAACGCGCAAGGUUUCCCCAGCCAAUCAGACAUUGCAGCAGCAAAUGCUGCUAUCACUGCUAACGUAACCGGACACCCUUCUUCGCCAUCAGACUCGACUAUUGCCAGUGUCAACGCUGGCGGGGGUGCUAAUGGUGGCGGUAAUGCAAAUGGUGCGAACUCGGUUAUUGCCGCUGGCCUCGGAUCAGGAUCCGGCGGAGCGGUUGUUGGCGCCACGCGGGGCAUUCUUGAUACAGCAGGACACGGUGAAGUUCAGACGACCAUCGCCCAGCUAGCAGAAGGUGAACUAAUUAUUUUAAAUGACUACAUUGAUGUGGAUUAUACUUUUAUCUACAUAAGCAAACUGUUAAUUUUGGUUGGUAGGAUCUGA